UGUCUUGCUUGAUUCUUAUCCUACCCCAUGGCAAAGAAACCGAGCUUGGGUCGCCAGAAAAUCGCCAUCUCAAAAAUUCCCAAGAAAAAUCAUCUCCAGGUGACAUUCUCGAAACGGAGAUCCGGGCUUUUCAAGAAAGCGAGCGAGCUCUGCACUCUAUGCGGGGUCAACAUCGGAAUCAUAGUCUUCUCUCCCGCCAGUAAGGUCUUCUCCUUCGGUCACCCGGAAGUCGAGUUCAUCGUCGAUCGGUUCCUCGCCCAGGACCCGGCGCCGCCCCCCGACUCGGGUGACUGCCGGCUCAUCGAAGCUCACCGGAACGCGAACCUGCGCGACCUCAACGCGAUAUUGACUCGAGUUCUUGACGAGCUGGAGGCGGAGAGGAAGCGCGGGGAGGCGCUGGAUGAGAUGAGGAGAGCGAGCCAAAGGCAACGCUGGUGGGAGGCACCGAUUGAUGAGCUUGGAUUAUGUGAGCUCGAGCAGUUGGGAGGGUCAAUGGAGGAUCUCAAGAAGAACGUGAUGAGAUGGAUCAACGAGCUGAUGGUGGACUCCUGCUCCACAAACGGAGAAAUCGCCUUCGAGAGCAAGCCUCUUGAAGUGAAUGGUGCAUACAAUCUUGGGCACGUGUACAAUUUCCAUGACCAAAAUGGACUCUUCUGAUGCACUUAUUGUGCUCUUUUCCUUUUAGGGUGUUUUUUGUCCAGUGUCUCCCUGGACAUGCCUGUCUAUCCUUUUUGCUUUUGCCUUCUGGAUUUCUUGUGUUUCGUGAUUCGGGUGUUGUGUAAAUAACAUUGGACUGAUCAAAUUUGAGAAAUUUGUUCAUGUUGGUGUUAGUAGAAUUUGCUAGUGUUGAAUGUUUACUUGAUUUAUUCAUGUUCUGAGGCCCUCUUCAUGGGUUCAG